GACGGCGAAGUCGCAAACAAAAUCAAAACAAUUCGUUUGUAUUUUUCUGCUGUGCCAUUCGGUUUUCAUAUUUUUGCCCCGAAAACAUUCAAAAAUGAAAAAACAACCGAAGGGAAUAAUGCUGGAUCGGCUGCACCGGGGUGUCGUUUACACCUGUAUGGGCCUAACACUGUGGGGAACCUACAUGCUUGGUCAGCGGGUCUUCCGAUACUUUACCGUGGUACGACCGGCACUGAAGGAUCAGGAAAACAAAAUGUUGGAAGCGGGGGCAGGGCCAGGUCCUGCUGUCACCCUGGACCAAGCGCCCACGUUGAAGACGUAGGCGAGGUGAGGAGGUACUGGUUCCGGUUUAAAAAUUUAGAUUGUAGGAUUCGUUAUAAAUAAAUUAAUAAAAGUAUACAUUAUGUAACAUAUGAGAUGUAAACAA